AUGGACUGCCCAGUCUCCUGCAGAGAGGAACCACCGACAGCCCCUGAUCUGAGAACUUUGGAUUCAGGCUGUGUCGGUGUGUCUUCAGGUAAUCAAAGCCCUGCUGGGGUCAUUGUCAUGAUCGAGGAUGAACGGGGGACCAGUCCUAACAAGGACAACAUCAGGGCUGGCUGCAAGAAAUGUGGAUAUCCGGGCCACUUAACGUUUGAAUGCCGAAAUUUCGUCCGAGUCGAUCCCCAGAAAGACAUAGUUCUGGAUGUGAGCAGCACCAGCACUGAGGAGAGUGAAGAGGAUGACCCUCCACCUCAGCGCACUGAGAAGCAGGCGAAAAGUAGCCAGCAUCGCAGACGUCCCAAUGAUGACGACAGACAAAAGCGGAAGAAGAGCAAAAGCAGAAAGUCAAGAAAAAGAUCUGUUUCAUCGAGUGACGAGGAGACCACGAAGAAGAAAAAGAAACGCGACCAGUCUGACUCCUCGUCUGAUAAAGAGGAGAAGAGGAAGAAAAAGAAAAUGAAAAGCCACAAGAAGAAAAGCAAAAAGACCAAAAAGGAGCACGCGAAGCAGCCCAAGAAAAGCCAGAAGAGCAGAAAACCAAAGUCCUCGUCAUCUUCCUCCUCUUCCUCCAGCUCCAGUGAAUCAUCAGACGGUGACUGAGUCAAUCGUCUGUGCAGCGUCUGGAGCCCUGACAUGUUGUGUAUAUAAUGCAGCCAGUAACAUACACAUAUAUAGAAAGAAUCCAAUGCAGAGGGUUCUUUAAGGGAAUUGAAUAUCUCACAAAAGGCACUGUUCACUGCUGUAAAACUGACACAUGGAAUUAUAGCACCGUCAUGCUAAUGAAAACUUCACCAAGACAGGCAUUUUGUAUUCGACAGUGUUUGUGCAGACUCAUCUCCAGUGACCUGCUGCAGUGUUAUUCAUUGUGUUCAUGCUGAAUAAGUUCAGUGUAGUCGAUUCUCGUUAUAAGUCAAGCUGUGGUCCCAAGCUUCCGGAUACUGUUCUUUUGUUUUUAUGACUCUUAUUCAAUUUUCUAGCUUUAUUGUUUUUUUUAACUCCACCAAGACAUUUUAAAAGGUCAAACAUCAAAACACGAUUCCAACAUCUGUGGUUGACAGGAUUAUAGUGAAGGAUCUCGGUGGCCGACAUAUUGCUAAACAUCAAGCCCAUUUUUUUCACCACUUGACAGUUUAACCACGGAUAAACAUCAUGAAAGAUCAGAGAUUUGUCUUUGUGGAAAGGAUUGUUUACAUGUUCACACUUUACUUUUGCUCAGAUGGUUUUUAUAGUACAAUUAAACUCUGUAGGUUCCUGGUCAGACAUGGUGGCUGCUGUUAAUGUGAAUGAAUUUUGUGAUAUAAGCAACCAUACAUUGUAAUUAUGUGGACAGUUCAAGGUUUCAUUCCAAAACACGAAUGCUUGGUGAUAUUGGGAUCUUUUCCUGAGUCUCUUUAUGCAGCUUGUUUCUUUCCUGUUCACCAUCUACAACAAUUUGUCCCUUCUUUUUUGGGGGUCCUCCUCAGAAAUUCUGCUCUGAAUCAAUUAAAUGUAUAUUUCUAUUAAACUUUUAUUUCAUUUAAA